AUGUAUUCUCAGGUGUAUCAGGAUUUGAAAAAGGCCAAUGCUGUGGAUUUAAGAAAUGGACUGGAGCCUGGCAACGAUCAUGAAAAACUGAUUGGAGAGAUUAAAGAGAGAGGUGAGAAAAUGAUGGAACAGGCCAUGCGCUUUCCGGGAUCCCUGUUGACUCAUGUUGACCCAGAGAACCACCAGGAGCUUGCAUCAUUUAGUUCAGACCUGAUCUUUGAACCACAGUCUUUGGGCCAAGGCGUGACACUGUCCAUAGACUGCAAGAAGGUCUUCAAUAGUGGUCACCUGACGAAAAGUGUUUUACUCCUUCAGAAUAUGAGACCCAUCACAGAUUUAACGGUUCACAGAUGGAGAAUCAGCCUCUCUAAAGACUUUAACUGGACCAUUGGUUUAUGUGACGAGAGCUAUGCACAGGAUUCCAAAUAUGGACAAGUCUAUGGAUUGUGUUGCGAAGGUAACCAGCUCAGCUCCCUCGUGACAGACUGUGAAGUGGCUUCUGCAACAAUGUUUGAUAGAGAUUAUAAUGCAGCUCUGAAAUUUAUGACCUUUGAGCAGCAAACACUAGGUCAGAGGCUCAUCAAAUAG